AUGAAGGGACAAGAGGAGAAGAACCAGACUGAGACACUGGUAGAGUUGAGAAAUGUUUCCGAAGUAGAAUCAGUAAAUCUGAUGCUGAUUGGAUUUGAGAUGCCAGGGGGUGGUUCUAAGAAGCCGCAAAGCUUAGUAGUGGAGGUAGGCUUCAUUGAAAAGGCGAAUUGGAACAAAGAUGUGAAGGGUGUGAGGGAGUCAGCCAUGCGGAUAUCCAGAGGAAGAGUAUUGCAGGCCAGAGGGAACAGCUGGGGCAAAGGCCCUGACACGGGAGAGUGUCUGGGGUGUGCUGGGGACAUGGAGGAGCCAGGGUGGCUGGAUGGCUCACCAUCUGCAGAUGUGGUGUGCGGAAAGAAUCCGGUUCUGAGCAGGCAGAGUCGAGAACAAGGCUCUGGAUCAUGGCAAGUUCACCAAGUUUCUCAAGAAACUAGAGCCCUCAAGAAUCCCAGCAUUGGGGAGAGUAGGCUUGAAGGUCUAACUCGCAUGUUGAGCACCAGUGGAAGCCCUACAGAUGGACUCAGUGUUACGCAGGGUCCAUACAGCAAAACAGCCAGCUUUGCAGCCCUCUCAGGGGGCACACUGAGGGGUGGCAUUCUUUCCAGUGGCAAGGGAAAAUACAGCAGGUUAGAAGUCCAAGCCGAUGUCCUAAAGGAAAUUUUCCCCAAAGACACAGCCAGUCUUGGUGCAGUUAGUGACAACGCAAGCACUCGUGCUCUGGCCGGUUGCAUAAUCAGUUCCCACAGCCCACAGGACAGAGAAUGCCACAAUAUGGAAAUCCAAGUGGACAGUGAAGCCAGACCAAGCCACUGUCAGCUGGUGAGUGGAAGCAGCACGGAGGACUCACUCCAUGUUCAUGCGCACAUGGCGGAGAAUGAAGAAGAAGGCGGUGGUGGCGGUGAUGGUGGCUGCGGUGGCAGCAGUGAAGAGGAGCCCCCCCCCUGCAAACACCAAAGCUGUGAACAGAAAGACUGCCAGGCCAGCAGACCUUGGGGCACCAGCCUGGCCCAGCAGAGCAUCCGCAGUGACCUGGAGAGCUCCGAUACGCAGUCCGACGAUGUGCCAGACAUCACCUCAGAUGAGCGUGGCUCCCCCGGCUGCCAAGGCGGCCCCUCAACACCCAGAGCUCCAGGUGCGCCGAGCCCAAGGGCGCCUGUGAACCUCUCUGCCCCAGCUCGAGGGGCAACUGUCUUGAAGCCGGAAGAUGCAGAAGCCGGAGUAUGA